AUGAAGCAAUUAAAUUUUAUCCAAGAAGCUUUUUUAAGACAUGCAGUUCUUGGCGUUGUUGAUGCUUCGGAUAUGUGGAAGAAUAGCGUGGAAAUUCAAAAGAUGCAAGUUGGAUGCAAUGAGAAGCAUAGAAAAGAAAGUCUUUCCUCAAAAUGUCAGCGUAUAUGUGCUAAUUCCUCGGAACACUCUAAAUCACAACAAAAUUUGUUUAUUUUAUCACCGUCUCGCUUAUUUACCUGGUCCUCUCCGAGAAUCUCUCUUCCUCAGCAAGCCGCAUUCUUUGAUGAUUUUGCCAGGAUAACCUGUACAUUCAAAAUGGUUAAGAAUGCUUUUGUUGCCAAAUUGUUUUGA